CUUCCCCCGGUGGGGACGCCUCGUCGCACGUCAGCACCGAGCACUCCAUGAACGCCCUCGAGAACAACACGCCGUCUUUCGACAUUCCGCCGCGGCGGAACGCGACGAUAAUCCCCGCCGGGGUCCAACUACUUCCUUCACCAAAAGGUGGGGCCCCCGGAAGUUCAUCCUCAUCCUCAUCCUCUGGCAGCGCAAGUUCAUCCUCCUCUUCUUCAGCUGCAUUUAG